AUCAAUUUUAUUGAUUAUCUUUAACCAAUUGCGUUAGCUUUUGGAGCUUUUUCUUCCAUUUAAAUAGAGACAUGCUGUGAUUUUCCCAUUUUUUAGUUUCUUUGUUGCCUGUUAAUUAUUUUUGUAUCUUUCUUGUUAAUUCAUCAAAUGUUGAAUCAAGCGACAAAUUUAUUUUGAUUCUAAUCGGAAGUUAUUCAUCGAUUGCCUCUGUAGCUUUGAAUUUUGUGAAUUAGCUGUAAACAGGAAAAAAAACCGGGAAAAACCUCUGCAGAAGAUGCCUCCAUUUUGUAUCUUAUGCGUCUAACAGCAGUUGACGGAUUGGAAAGAAAAGCUGGAAAAAGCGUUUUUAAUCAAAUUUACUUUUCUCUUGUAAUUACUGUUCAUCCAGUUCAUCUAAUCAACCUCUUGAAGGGUUUAAUCAAGAUAUAUGUUUAUUAUUAGUGGAUUGGUUACAGUUAAUUACAAUACCAACAUGGUUUGUGAUCAUUGAAAAGACUUUGAAUCCCCUAGGAAAAAAUCAUCAUUAUCCUCACCAACACCAUCACCAUAACCAUCAUCUGUAUCAUCGUUAUCAACAUCAAACAUCUGAACGUUAUUUUUUCUCAAUCAUCUAAAGGGUAAUCACCAUCUUUUGUUUAUUGGGUCAAGUGAUAUACAAAAUCGCCCAAAGGCGGGCUAACCCUGGCCUUGAUCAUUUUACUUUGUUUAAUUUGUUAAAAUUUUAACUCCAUCAAAGUUUACAACAAAAUUGACCCAUGGAUUUGACCACUUGAUUUGGUAAACGCAUUAAUAGUUAUUGGCAAAAAUGAUAACUGCUUCACCAUCCUCACCAUCAACUUUAUUAACAACAUCAUCAUCUUCAUCUUUCUUAUGGAUAUCAAAUUCAAGAUUGCCAUAUAAACACAGUGUAAAUACAAUGGAUAAUUCUUCCUCUUUGGGCCAAUCAGGCAAUAGUUGGCCCAAUGGUAAGGAUGAUUAUGAGCUUGGUGAAGUUAUCGGUGUUGGUGCAACUGCAGUGGUUCAUUCUGCUUACUGUAAACCAAGGAAGGAGAAAUGUGCAAUUAAACGUAUUAAUCUAGAAAAAUGGAAUACCUCUAUGGACGAGCUAUUAAAAGAGAUUCAAGCAAUGACAGCCUGUAACCAUGAAAAUGUUGUCUCUUAUCAUACUAGUUUUGUGGUAAAAGAGGAAUUAUGGCUGGUAAUUAAAUUGCUUGCCGGAGGCUCCUUGUUGGAUAUAAUUAAACAUAAAAUGAAAACAGAGGAUUGUAAACAUGGUGUCUUUGAUGAGGGUACUAUUGCUACCGUUCUAAAAGAAGUUCUCAAGGGACUGGAAUAUUUUCAUAAUAAUGGUCAAAUUCAUCGUGACAUUAAAGCUGGUAAUAUACUUUUAGGUGAAAAUGGUGAAGUACAGAUUGCUGAUUUUGGUGUAAGUUCAUGGCUUGCUACCGGUGGUGAUCUCUCUCGACAACGAUCCCGUCACACUUUUGUUGGUACACCUUGUUGGAUGGCUCCGGAAGUCAUGGAACAGGUUACCGGAUAUGAUUUUAAAGCCGAUAUAUGGAGUUUAGGUAUUACUACCAUUGAAUUGGUUACCGGUACUGCACCUUAUCAUAUUUAUCCACCCAUGAAGGUAUUAAUGCUUACUCUUCAAAAUGAUCCUCCAACUCUUGAUUCGGUUGCUGAGGAAAAGGACCAAUACAAGAAUUAUGGUAAAUCUAUUAGGAAAUUGAUCUGUGAUUGUCUACAAAAGGAUCCGUCGAAAAGGCCAACUGCAACUGAGCUGCUUAAGCAUCCUUUCAUGAGAAAAGCAAAGGAUAAAAAGUAUCUUGUUCAAAAUCUUUUACCCUGUGCCCCAAGCAUCGAGGAAAGAGCCAAGAAAGCUAAAAAUGUUAAAAGACCACCAGGAGCCAGCGGGAGACUACACCGGACAGAAACAGGGGACUGGGUUUGGUCAUCAGAUGAUGAUUCCUCCGAUCCAAAUGACGCCAAUAAAGACUCAUCAGCCAAUUCAUCAGUUGGCUCCGGAACCCAGCCAAAUAACAAUAAGAUUGAUAAUAAUAAUUCAGCGUCACCUACAACAACCAAUAAUAAUAUAAAUAAUAAUGCUAGUAGUAGUAGCACCUCCGAUAAUAUCAUUGAUAUUAACAAUGUAGAAAGUAGUCAAAAUGGUGUAAAAAAUAACCAAACCUCCUCCUCUGCCUCCUCCUCAUCCUCAACCUCUCACGAAGUGCCUUCAAAUGCCAAUCAAGGCCCGCAAAGUGGAUCUGAUUCCUGUGGUAGCAAUAAUCCUGCUCCAUCGCCCCAAACUAUCAAUCUUGUUCUAAGAAUAAGAAAUUCACAAAAAGAUUUGAACGAUAUUCGUUUUGAGUAUUCUUCAGACAGAGAUACUGCUGAAGGAAUUGCCCAAGAGCUUGUCCAAGCCGGAUUAGUUGAUAAUCGUGAUGUGAUAACCGUUGCCUCGAACCUUCAAAAGUUAAUAGAGACCAACUUCGAGCAAAAUAUUUCUAUGAAAAAUGUGAUCUUUGCUUUGAGCCAUGAUAAUAACGGAGAUGAGAAAGAAGUACCUGAUGAAAAGCUUCUCAUCGGUUUUGCUCAACUUUCUAUUGCAGAUUGAAAGUUAACUCUGUAGAUAAUAUAGUGUACAUCCUUUUCCUAACUCCUUCCUAUCUCUAUCGUUCACCCAGUAAACCAACUAUUUUAUUUCUUAAGAUAAAGAACUGUAUGCUUGCAUCUCUUUCUCUUGAUUCUUUAUGGCCUCAAAAAAGUGAGCAUUUCAUUAUCAUCUAAAUGGAAAUAUUGCUUACAAAUUUUCACAUGAAGACUCACAAAAAACACACAUAUUAUACAUAUAACAUACAUACAUUCAUAUAUGAGCAUACAUUUAUUAAUAAAUGCGUUGAACAAAAAAAUUCAUUAAACUAAAUGCUUGAAUUUUGCAGUUUCCCUAAAAUUAAAUCAUGUUCACUUCUAGCUUGUUAUUCAUCUAA